UCAUCAUUUAUUCGUUGCGACUGUUUCGAUUGUUGACACUAGUGGCAAGCCGCAUCCUUCAGCUCUUGCAAGGGAAGUCUGACACCUUGAGGACAGGAGAGGGGGUGCCAGGCGCCCAGAGAAGCGGGAGUGGGAGAAGCUUUGAGAGUUGCAGGGGGCUACUUUCUUCCAGUCGGGUGGCGGGCUGCAUAGGUGCUUGUUGACCAGGCUAGGAGCAGGGCAUUCAAAAGCUAGGUGUCGGAGCGCACUGAAGUCCAACACGCCUGCGGAGACCGCCCUAAGACUGGAGGUGUGUCUGGCUUGCAUCCAGGGCCACAGGGUAGAUUCUCGCCACCGACCUGGCUGGAUGACGGCUGGCUGGUAGUGAGCUCCCCUGCCCACUGGCUGACCUCAAGUAGUUGGCCCCGGUAGGUGGAAGUUAUUCGAGGGGGACGAGUUGGGGACAGAGCGUCAGCUCCUGCCAGCGCGCGGGUCUCCUCCACCUCCAAGCAGUGUGGUGCGUGGGACGCGCAUCUUCCCGGACUAUCCCUUUCCAGCGCGGUCUGUGCGGACCCCGAGCCGGGCAGCCGCCAGGGACGGAAGGCGGGGUGCCUUUCUCUGGGCUCAUCCGCUAUCAGCCGUGGGAACUCUUAACUUUAUCCAGAGGGAUCGGUGAGGGCGGGGGUGGGAGAGGUUCUCCUCCCCUGGCGCUUACCUCCCCCUCCCGGGCCGCCCCUCCCCCGCCUCCCAUGGCUUCGCUUUCAGAGCAUCCUCACUCCGCCCAGUUCGGUGCCAGCUGCGUGGGCUCCAGCUUCGUUCCUUUUCCUUGGAAUGCUCCAAAACUCGGCAGCGACUAAGGGAAUUCCAUCGGAAUUUGCCGGGCGUGCUCUCACCCCGCACGGCACCCGCGCCGUCCGUCCCCGGAUCCCAUCACUUCAGCUCGAAGAUUGCAACUUUGCAGAGACAAAGAAAUAGCAUGGCAUGAAACAUGGCUCAGUUCUAUUACAAAAGAAAUGUUAAUGCUCCCUAUAGGGAUCGCAUCCCUCUGAGGAUAGUAAGAGCAGAAUCAGAACUCUCGCCAUCAGAAAAAGCCUACUUGAAUGCUGUGGAAAAGGGAGAUUAUGCCAGUGUCAAGAAAUCCCUAGAGGAAGCUGAAAUUUAUUUUAAAAUCAAUAUUAAUUGCAUUGAUCCUCUCGGAAGAACUGCUCUCCUCAUUGCAAUUGAAAAUGAGAACUUGGAGCUCAUCGAACUACUCUUAAGCUUUAAUGUCUAUGUUGGAGAUGCUCUAUUACAUGCUAUCAGAAAAGAAGUCGUCGGAGCUGUUGAGCUGUUAUUGAACCACAAAAAACCUAGUGGAGAAAAACAGGUGCCUCCUAUACUCCUUGAUAAGCAGUUCUCUGAAUUCACUCCGGACAUUACACCAAUCAUUUUGGCAGCCCAUACAAACAAUUAUGAGAUAAUAAAACUCUUGGUUCAGAAAGGAGUCUCAGUGCCUCGACCCCACGAGGUCCGCUGUAACUGUGUGGAAUGCGUGUCCAGUUCAGAUGUGGACAGCCUCCGUCACUCCCGCUCCAGACUCAACAUCUACAAGGCCUUGGCCAGUCCCUCUCUCAUUGCACUGUCAAGCGAAGAUCCUUUUCUCACAGCCUUUCAGUUAAGUUGGGAGCUUCAGGAACUGAGCAAGGUGGAAAAUGAAUUCAAGUCGGAGUAUGAAGAGCUGUCACGGCAGUGCAAACAAUUUGCUAAGGACCUACUGGAUCAGACAAGAAGUUCCAGAGAACUGGAAAUCAUUCUUAAUUACCGAGAUGACAAUAGUCUCAUAGAAGAACAAAGUGGAAAUGAUCUUGCAAGACUAAAAUUGGCCAUUAAGUACCGUCAAAAAGAGUUUGUUGCCCAGCCCAAUUGUCAACAGCUGCUGGCAUCUCGCUGGUAUGACGAAUUUCCAGGCUGGAGGAGAAGACACUGGGCAGUGAAGAUGGUGACAUGUUUCAUCAUAGGACUUCUUUUUCCUGUCUUCUCUGUGUGCUACCUGAUAGCUCCCAAAAGCCCACUCGGACUGUUCAUCAGGAAGCCAUUUAUCAAGUUUAUCUGCCACACAGCCUCCUAUUUGACUUUUUUGUUCCUGCUGCUGCUUGCCUCUCAGCACAUCGACAGGUCAGACUUGAACAGGCAAGGUCCACCACCAACCAUCGUCGAGUGGAUGAUAUUACCAUGGGUCCUGGGUUUCAUAUGGGGAGAAAUUAAACAGAUGUGGGAUGGCGGACUUCAGGACUACAUCCAUGAUUGGUGGAAUCUAAUGGACUUUGUAAUGAACUCCUUAUAUUUAGCAACAAUCUCCUUGAAAAUUGUUGCGUUUGUAAAGUACAGUGCCCUUAAUCCACGAGAAUCAUGGGACAUGUGGCAUCCUACUCUGGUGGCAGAGGCUUUAUUUGCUAUUGCAAACAUCUUCAGUUCUCUGCGUCUGAUCUCACUGUUUACUGCAAAUUCUCACCUGGGACCUCUGCAAAUAUCUCUGGGAAGAAUGCUCCUGGACAUUUUGAAGUUUCUAUUCAUAUACUGCCUUGUGUUGCUAGCAUUUGCAAAUGGCCUAAAUCAAUUGUACUUCUAUUAUGAAGAAACGAAAGGGUUGACCUGCAAAGGCAUACGAUGUGAAAAGCAGAAUAAUGCAUUUUCAACGUUAUUUGAGACAUUGCAGUCCCUGUUUUGGUCAAUAUUUGGACUCAUCAAUUUAUAUGUGACCAAUGUCAAAGCACAGCAUGAAUUUACUGAAUUUGUUGGUGCCACCAUGUUUGGGACAUACAAUGUCAUCUCUCUGGUUGUUCUACUCAACAUGUUAAUAGCUAUGAUGAAUAAUUCUUACCAACUGAUUGCUGACCAUGCAGAUAUAGAAUGGAAAUUUGCACGAACAAAGCUUUGGAUGAGUUAUUUUGAAGAAGGAGGUACUCUGCCUACUCCCUUCAAUGUCAUCCCAAGCCCCAAGUCUCUCUGGUACCUGAUCAAAUGGAUCUGGACACACUUGUGCAAGAAAAAGAUGAGAAGAAAGCCAGAAAGUUUUGGAACAAUAGGGGUAAGAACACAGCAUAGGCGAGCUGCUGAUAAUUUGAGAAGACAUCACCAGUACCAAGAAGUUAUGAGGAACCUGGUGAAGCGAUACGUUGCUGCAAUGAUUAGAGAUGCUAAAACUGAAGAAGGACUGACCGAAGAGAACUUUAAGGAACUAAAGCAAGACAUUUCUAGUUUCCGCUUUGAAGUUCUGGGAUUACUAAGAGGAAGCAAACUUUCCACAAUACAAUCUGCAAAUGCCUCGAAGGAGUCCUCAAAUUCGGCAGACUCAGAUGAAAAGAGUGAUAACGAAGGUAAUAGCAAGGACAAGAAAAAGAAUUUCAGCCUUUUUGAUUUAACCACCCUGAUUCAUCCAAGAUCAGCAGCAAUUGCCUCCGAAAGACAUAACAUAAGCAAUGGCUCUGCCCUGGUGGUGCAGGAGCCACCCAGGGAGAAGCAGAGAAAAGUGAAUUUUGUGACCGAUAUCAAAAACUUUGGGUUAUUUCAUAGACGAUCAAAACAAAAUGCUGCUGAGCAAAAUGCAAACCAAAUCUUCUCUGUUUCAGAAGAAGUUGCUCGUCAACAGGCUGCAGGACCACUUGAGAGAAACAUUCAACUGGAAUCUCGAGGAUUAGCUUCACGGGCUGACCUGAGCAUUCCCGGUCUCAGUGAACAGUGUGUGUUAGUAGACCAUAGAGAAAGGAAUACGGACACACUGGGGUUACAGGUAGGCAAGAGAGUGUGUCCAUUCAAGUCAGAGAAGGUGGUGGUGGAAGACACGGUUCCUAUAAUACCAAAGGAGAAACAUGCAAAAGAAGAGGACUCUAGUAUAGACUAUGAUCUAAACCUCCCAGACACAGUCACCCAGGAAGAUUAUGUGACCACAAGAUUGUGAUACUUGAAGGAGGAAGCGUUUACCAUACACAUAUAUAUUUUCUGUAGUGCUCUGGGUGUGGGAAAAUGUUUAAAUUGUAUUAGCAAAUGCUAACUUACACUUUAUAGCGUUUAUCAACUGUGGCAUAUUAACCUGUAACAUGUUUAAAUAAGGCAAAGGCAAUCAAAAACCUUUUUGUUUUGUAGCCUGCUUUUGCUUUCACAAUUUGUUUUACAAUUGUUUUGGUUAAUAAAUAAAUGCACCUUGUAUUCUUGUACUGUUGCAAUAACCCACAGAAACAUUUUAGCUAUCUUUUUCAAUUAAAACGUCAUUUAUUUCAUGUGGUAGUUGACUCCUAAAAUAGCUAUUUUUAUACGCAAAAACCAAUGUGGCUGAAAUAUUAUAGCCUUUCAUAAUUUUUUAGGGUCUCUAGAGAGGGUUACUCGCCAAGGACUUUUCACCUAGUCCUACAGUUUGACUUUAAAACACAAAUAUUACCAAAUUAUUUCUAAAGGACAUGUAAAUAAUUGUUGUACACAAUUAAAGCAAGCAAGUCUUGUUCUCAUGGAGUCAUGUCUAAACCCCCUCAAAGUCAGAAAUACUUUGUAGGGUUUUAGGUUGUUCCAGGGUUUCCUUUCAGUAAGUAAAAAAGUGUUUGUCUUAAUACAUUUUGAUGAUUGAUGAUUUUCGAUGACAUUUUUUCAGAAAAAACUCACCCCUCCAGUUUUUUUUAAUUACCUAUUUCAGAUUCAACUGCUUAUCAGUAUAAAUAUGAGUCUUUAUGAAUAACUGAAAUUCAAAAAUAUGGCAAAAUUUCUGUUAUAGAAAAGAAUAACAAACCAUAAUGCUGUAAGCACAUUGAACAAGCAAGAUGAUUGCAUACUAAUAAUAUCCAAAUGAAAACGAAUGUAUUCUAACCAAUCUAAAUCUAAGUGAAGUUGAAUUCCAGUAUUUUCAAUCAACGCAAUAUUGUAAUCAAUUCAAAAGAAGUACAAAAACCUAGCAGUCUCCUCUUUUCACCAGUAAUCGUUAUAUAUUUCUUUAAAAUUAAAAUCACUCAAAAAUCAUUAUUAAUUUAUCAGCAGAUAUAGAUAUAUAGUUUUGCCUAUAGGAAAAGCAUUCUUAUUUCUUGUUUUUCUUUCUUUCUUGUUUGCAAGAUAAUUUAGCUUAUAGUAAUUCACUGAACUAUUACAAGGAAAGUGUUCCCAAUUUACAUAAAAUUGGUACUAGAAACUUAAAGCUUAAAUUACAUUGCUUGUGUCUAUUUAAGCCACUAUGGGAAGUUUCUUCACCACAUAAAAUUAGCAUUUAUUUCAAAUAAAUAGAAAAAUGCUAAGUUCAUUUUAUUUCAAAAAUUACUCUGCAAACCUCAGAAAUUGCAUAUGGUUUAUCAUUGACCCCAAAAGGCAUAAUAUUAUGGGACUCAGUUUCUCAUUACCAAACAUCAAAAUAAGGAAUAACAGCAAUAACAAUGCCAGUCUGUUCUAUUCCUAUACACCUAUUAACAUAUAUGUACUGCUCUUAACAGCCCUCUGAAGUAGCUCCUGUUUUUGUCCCCAUUUUACAGAUGAUGAAACUGAGACCAGCACUAACUGGCUAAGGUAACACAGCUCGUGAUGGAGCUGUGAUAUGUCCAUCAGAGCCAUUCCCUUCACCACUGCAUUGUACUGCCUUUCAGAACGUAAAAAGAGCAAGUUAUAAAAUAUGCAUAUACAGGGGUUACCAUUGCCACUUCUGAAGCCCUAUACCUUGAGAGAGAAUGAGUAUGGUAAGCUUCAUAAGUGUCCCUUCUUCUAAAGCCAGAGAAAUGUGCAAAAUAUAAAAUGUGCUGUAUUUGAUUCUUUAGACUAAAUUACAUUAAAGCUAGUAAUUUUUAAAACAUACUUAGUAUGUGAUCUCAGAAUUCAAUUUGAAAUAUUAGAUUUUAAUUUUCAGAAAAGCCAGGAACACUAAGCCCCUGUUCACUCCUAAAUCUAGUUUUUGGGGACUUAGGAACGGACCAGAUAGAUUUGGAGAAACACAAGCCUAAUGAAUGUAUUUAUUGUUUCAAGAACAUCUUUAUCUUAAGUAUAUUAGGGCUCAGAGCAAAUCCUGGGGCUACUCAAUUUUUUCUAAAUCAUACAUACUGUAGUAGAGAAAUUGUAGGCCUAUUCUUAACAUUUGGGAUAUUUUCCAUUAAUUUCUUUUUGCCUCUCCUGUGCAUUGCUGUUUUGUUUUGCUUUUUCCCAAAGGACACUAUACAUCACCAUUAUAUAUACUUUACCAGAAUUUAAUUUCAAAUUCUCUCUGUUCCUUCAAGCAACACCAAUAACAGUACAAGCAACAAAACCUUUUUUCCCCAGUAGCUUAUUUACAUCAAGGGUUAAGGUGCUGACAUUUUAUAGGGGAGCAUGAUGGUAGUAGAGGAAUGUAUUUGGAGCAAGUAAGAUCACCCUUUUCAGUGUCCUAGCAAGGAUGAUUCUAACAACCCCCAGAUGUUGCUGACAGAUGUGUUUAUGAGUAUGAACAAAGUGUUGGAUAUUAUUAGUACCAGCUGCUACUAAAUCACUAGAAUUGAAUGCUAUUCUAAAUAUGUAGUGAUAUUAUGUAGCAUUAAUGAAGAUGAGUAGGGAUAAACUAAGAAAAGUAAAACAACAGCAGGAUAGCAAGCAAAGAAAUAUUAUUUCUUUGAGGUCUGUAAGUGAGUACUUCAGGGUUUUCAUUUCUACUCAUAUUUCUAUCCACAGAAAUUUCUAAAUGCUACAGAGAAGUUUGAAAUCACCUUCAUUUACAUAAACAAUAUUUCUCCUUUUUCAUACUCUCUUAAUCUUAAAAAAUCUAUUUUUCUUAAAUUUUGUGUCUGAAUUGGGUGAAGGAGCGUGUUGAAAAUUCGGUUUAAUAGACUAGCAGGUAAGUUUAAAACACUUUGUUUAUCACAAGUAUAUUUUGGAAGCUCCAUUUAUAAGAAAGUAUGCUAUAAAGAUGUACCUCAUCAUUUGUAAUAAAGGUUUUCCUGAAAAUUUCUGUGCAAAUAAAUCUAUAUUAACUUCAGUAAGGAAAUUGGCUAUAUUUUUUUAAAUGGUGGUGAAUUAUUUUAUAAAAUGAUGAGUAAUUUUUCAAAGUGCUAAACAUCCUCAAAAUGUAUCUAUUUCAUGAGCUGAAUAUUUGUAUAUCAAAUUUUCUUAAAAUAGUUACUCUAUUUACUGGAUGGCAAUUAAACUAAUGCAAAAACAUACUCACUUUCCUGCCUUGACGUGGACAGCGACUUGAAAUACUUUAGUGAUCAAACAAAUUGAUGAAAAGUCAAGGAUAGUCGACUUACCAUGCUAUUCUUGAAGAAGCAAGGUCAGUUUUCUAGCAGAGGUGGAGGAAACAGAAGUAACAACGGCAUAAGAAUAUAUUCUUCGAACAUUCGAUAAUCCUUAAUAACUCUGGGAUUUAGUUGAGUAAAUGACUAUCCAGUCUCAUGGCUCUUUAUUGAAGAGAGGCCACUAAGUUUUGAAGUCUGUCCAUUCUUAGUCCUUGUACAUUGUAUUUUUAUCUGUCUUCUACAGUGUAUACAGCUGCCUUCCACGCUCAGUGUCCUUAAAACUCAACCUAGUAAGAACCAUCCAUUGUGGCCCUGUAAACGUGCUUACAAUAUAUUUUUCUUUUUUGGAUUAUCUGAAAUUCUGACUUAAAACUAACCGUAGAAUUUAGAAAUUUAAUAUUACUGGCAUGCCUCUUAACUCCAAAACCAUUACUCUGAUUUUACAAUGUCUGAAAAGGCAUUUUAUUCAUACAGUGUUAUCACAUGCCUUUUUUAAUUUAAAUUUUAGAACCAUGUUAAACAAGUUCACUGUAGAUAACUGGGGAAAGUAAAGCCCAGGGAAUUUAUGGAAAUUAUCUAAAUUUACCCAGGUGUUUGGUGGUCAAGUUGGGGGCUUAAACACCUCCCUUAUCUUGAUAUUUGGAUGAGACAUCACAUUAUAAAUGCCUUGACCACUGACUUUUUGUUUGGGGAACGUUUUGUCCUCUUUGCCCUUGUAGAAGAUAUAGUUGUCCAAACAUUCAAGUUAAAAUUCAGAAUUAAUACCAUGUUAUCUUUUGUUUUUCUACAAAGUUGUGUUCAGAGAAUUUUUUCAAAGUUGGUUUCUUACUGUUUUCAGAAAAUACACUGUUCAUUUUCACUGAAAGUGUAGAUUUUAUGGUAACCUAUAUGCAUAUUGGUAAUAAUAAAAUGUAUUAAAUAAUAUCAAAGCUUCUCAACUGAAAAACAAUAGAGAUGGACAAUGUACAGUUGAACUAAGAUUGGGACAGUGAGACCAAACCUGGGUACAGUCACACCAUUACUAGGCUGACAGUGAAGAUGUCUGCAGGUCAAAUUCACCAGUAGCAAAACCAUUAAUUUCCUCUAGAGCUGCACUGUUCAAUAAGGUAGCUCCUAUCCACAUACAGCUAUCAAUCACUUAUAAGUGUGACAAGUCUGAAUUAAGAUGUGCUGUAAUUGUGAAACACACAUCAGAUUUCUAAGACAGUAUGAAAUCAUGUAAACUAGCUCAUAAAUAUUUUAUAUUGGCUACAUAUUGAACUGAUAGUACUUACGAAGUAUUGAUAUAAAAUAUACUAACUAAACGAGUUACGUUUCUUUUUUCCUUUUUCAAUGUGGCUACUAGAAAAUCGAAAAAUAUGUAUGUAGCUUGCAUUUGUGCCUUGAAAUGCAUUUCUAUUGGACACUGCUGCUCAGGAACAUUUGUAUUGGUUUCAGUCAACUCAUGUAUCUCCAUCAUCUGAAUUACAACGGUAGAAAAUUCUGUAUUUAAUUACUCAAAAACAUUUUAUGUAGCUCUAUUAAAGUUUGCAGUCUCUCCUUGA